CUCAUUUGAGAUGAUUUUUCUUAAAGAGGGAGGGGUUUCUAUCUGCAUCGUGUUUGCUGAAAAACAGAGAGAUCUGAACCCAAUUUCUUUUUCUCUCUGAAUUUUCUCCUACCCGUUUGCUUUAGACAGAAACGUAAUUUGGUAGUGGUUGCGUUCGUUUAAUCUGUGAAUCUUGGACUUUACUGUGAGACGGUUGGAACCGACGACAAAGGCAUCUUGAGGUUUUAGGCGAUUCGAGAUUUAGAUGCAAAAUUCGAUAGAGAGCAAUCUCUAGAUUCGCUAAUUUAGGGUUCGUAGGUCAUGUUUACUCUGUUUCUCUCUAAGAGCUUCAGACUUUUGGUAUCAAACUCUAUUGUUGGUUUCUAAGAUCAGAAUUUUGGGUUUAGGUUAGUAUUUUGUGAGAUGGAUAGGCCACGGCACAUUGAUCAGUUAGCUGUGAAUAAGAUUGGGAAGAAGAUAAAGAAGACACCUUCACAUCUACCCAAUCUCGCCAAUGGUAACGUAAACAAGAACGACUUUAUAAGCAUUGUUCCGCAGCUUACUAAGCCUCAGAAUAGUGCGUUGCGGAAGAUUACACAGGCUGCCCUAAUAACACAGGUAAACCGUCCCUGUGUUCCUCCUCCUCCUGCAGAUCAGUUUUGGUCUGAUAUUGCAGCUGAGUCUCCUGUCUCUGUGUGUAUGUCUUCUCUUCAAAGCUCAUCAGGAGAUUCAAGACCCCAUGGAAACCAAAUGCAGCCCUCUCAUCAGUAUCAACCGCAAUCUACAGGGGUAUAUGGCUCUUCACCAGAUAAACCCAUUUUGCCCUCUCCAAGGCUCAACGAUUCGCUACAAGGGAUGUAUAACAGUGUAAGUCUUCCUUCAGCUCGGUUUAGUGGUGGCGGGAUUUUGCCUACUCCUGUUUCGGUGUGUAUUCGCACUCCUCAAGGCUCAUUUGGAGAUUCAGAACCCAAUAGACACCAAAUGCAACCAUCUCAUCACAAUCAACAACCACAACCGCGUAAUCAUCAUUCACCACGGUUCAUUGAUUCUGCAUCUAGUGUACCCAUUUUGCCCUCUCCUAGGUUCAGCGGUCGCGGGAUAUUACCCACUCCACCAGGUGUUCAGUGUCCUCCACCACGUACACCAAGAAGUUUCACAUCCUCAACAACGGCUCAAGGUGGAAUUCUUGGUCCGGGCAAAUUUCCCCAGUCCCCUCAUGCAUCUCCUGCUCUUGUUUUCCCGCCAUCACCAUUUGGAGAGAACACUAAUUAAGAUUCUUCACUCUACACUUUAGGUUAGUGUUUGUGUACACUGAGCGGUGUCAUCUUUGGUAUUAGAAAGUUGUCAAUUUGCUUAAGAGAGAGAUGAAGGAAAAAUAUAUUUACAUUUUAAUUUAUUUGUCUCAGUAAGAUUGAUAUUUAAAAAAGUUUCCUAAAUCAUUUGUUUUGUUUUUUUAUGUUUAGAGAAGGAAACUUUUUUAAAUUUGAUAAUCAAAUAUCCUC